AUGAUAAUUGUGGAUUUUAUGGGAUCCCUGUAUUCUGUGACUGUUGUCUCUGAAAAAAAUAAGAAAAUUAAAAAAUGUACCAAAUCACCCCAUUAAUAACACUUUUUGCGCUGAAAAAAACCACUCAAAAAUCAGAAAAAUGAUUCAGUUCGAAAAAAAACUAAAAAAAACGUUCAAUCAAUUAUUUCUUUUCAAAUACAACACAUAUCGCUCUCUAUCUCUAACCCUCUCUCCAUUUCCCACACUCUCUCAUCUACCCUGCAAAAAACAAACAAAAAACACGCUAAACACAGCGCACGCGGAGUAUCGUUGCUUUGCUUUUAUUUUUUUUUUGCAUGACAUUUCUAUUUUUUGCUUUUUUUCUGGUUUUUGAGUGGGUUUUUUCAGCGCAGAAAGUGUUAUUAAUGGGGUGGUUUGGCACAUUUUUCAAUUUUCUUAUUUUUUUUUUAGAGACAACCGUCACAAAAUGCAGCGGUCUCAUCAAAUCCACAAUUGCCAUUUUCUGAUGUAAGUUUAAGAAAAGGCGAAAAUUUUGAGAAAAGGAAUGUAGAAGUUGCAGGCUUGCGAAAAAGAAGAUGUUUCGUUUGAAGAGGACAUUCAAAGAUAUCAACAACUUUUCACGGAACGGGCCUGUCAAGUUAGUUUAUUUUGAGGUUUGGGGGGGGGAACAAAACUAACAGGUGAGAUUAGAGUUUCAUUGAAAAAUAUGGGGUAAAGUUUUUUAUAUACAUAAUUACUGUUGAUGUUAAACGAAAUUUGUUUAUACAUUAUUAUGUUCAAAUCAUUAGAUGAAGCUUUGAAUUACACUUGAUGGUAUAGGAUUUUCUAAUUCGAAAAUACCAGAAGGGCUCCGCCGGCUAACACCGGCUCCUCCUUCUGGAUUCUCGUGACUUCGCGCUCAGUUUUUUCUCUGAACUCCUGUUAGAAAUAACCCGAAAAGAAGCGAAAGGCACCUAGAAUAUUGAUUCUGAUGAAAAAGUAGUAACUCAUCGAAAUUGUACGUACGAACCAACAUUUUGAAUUCACAGACUCUUUCCUUGGUGCUUCGGAACUAUUUUGUAAACCUAAUUUACGCAAUUCACAAAAGAUUCGAUUUUGUUUUGGCAUCACCCAAAACAAUUUUUGGUUUCGGGUGCGAAUAAGCUUCCUUUUCUGUCAUAUACUGUAAGGGUUAUUUGAGAAGAGCUCGAAAAAAUCUUCUAAAUUAGACAGGCAAAAAUACAAAUUGGACAGACGCUGUUGUUUUUCACUGUUUACUGGUUUUUUUCUUCGAAAUUCGAUACUGUACCCAUAGCUGCUUCAUUCCAGACCGUAUUCACCUUUCGAAGAAAAACUUCCUGAUUUCAACUUUAUCACAAGCAUCUUCUUUUCCAACCUCUUACUUAACCUUAAUAUUUCAUUCAACAAAACAACUUUGUUUCUCUCACACCUUUCAUUUUCGAAAUUAGUAUAAAGAAAAGGGGAAGAAUAUUCGACCACAGGGACGUGCGAAUGAGGUAGGGCGAGUUUGCUCAUCAGUAACGAGCGCAUAUGGUGGUGGAGGAGAAUUGGAGAAAUUGGAAAGCGGAAAUGGUGAAAGGGAUAAUCUGCAACAGAUAUUAGCGGUAGCGGACCAUAAAGAGAUGCCUAUUAUGGUAUUAGAGCAAUAUAAUUGA